AUGGAGGGGUGGCUGCUUGUCCCGAUUGCUCUCGGCAGCCCGGAGCUGCUACAUCUAGCGAAGUUCCUCAGUCCAUUACCAGAGUCAUCUGAGCCUCAAAAGACUCGUUUGCAAGUGCUCGACGAGAGCUCGGACGGCUUCGAAGGCGACGAAGAGUUUUUCCUGAACGAAUUCUUCAAGAAGGAGAUUGUCGACCCUGUUAGCAGGAGACCAAGCCAUGUAUGGAGAAUGGGUUCGUGUGGGGGAGCGAUGUCGACAGGUCACCGGGCAUUGUCAUGCCCAUUGCAGACGAGAGUACGAAGGCCAGCGAGAAGGCAUCGACUCAAGUCACAAAGGACCAAGGAGCUGGUGGCGGUGACGCGAAAGAUGCCCAGUGCGCAGCUCCUGUUUCGAGACUAUCAAGCACGCUCGGUACUGAUGACUGUACACGAAGACGCAAUGCCAGGGUGUGUCAACUUGGAAUUCUUCCGAGGUAAAUGCCGUCGGCACAAUCCUAAGUGCGCGCGUCCAGGAUGUGGGGACUACGUGCGGUCAAAUGGUAAAUGCAUCAAGCAUGGCGGAAGGGCGAAGCGAUCAAGCCAGAAGUAUAUAAAGCGCGCCAUGCCCAUUGCUGACGAAAGUAACAAGAGCACCAAGACGGCAUCGAGUGCAGCAAAGAGAAGGACGACAGUGGUGGAGACGUGA